AUGGCGGUUGGCGAAUACCAUUCACUAUCUCAACAUGCUAAAGGCAGUCAGUCUCAAGAUCGAUUGGAGUGUUUUGGAGUCCUCGAUGAUGAAGAUGUUGGAGAGACAGAUUCAGCGCAUGGAGCUCCGAUUCGAAAGAACCUUCCAAUUUGCCCUCUUGAUAACUACCGUCGAUAUUACAUUUCAGAAUGCCCUUUGCCAGAGGUCGCCAAAGCUGAUCGGGUUGAACAGCGUCGAGGCCAGAGCUUGAGCGACGGGGUGCUGCAACAGAAGACCGAUAUGCUGAGGAAUAGAUUGGCAGCAUAUCGGGCAGAAGGGGUCUGGGACAAUCCGACGGUUGAAGAGAUUAGCUCGGGUUGCAAUAGCAUUCUGGCAGACGGACUAGAGGAAAGUACGAAUUUUGGGAAUUAUCUUCAUCGACCAAAUUUGCCGCCAGAGACUCUGAUUAGUCCGAAAGAAGGAAUUGAACAACGGAUGGAACGACUCAUGGAGGAUGUAAAGCCAAUGUUUCCAAAAGCAGUCGAUUCGCUUGCCAAGUUAGAGUUGAUCGACAGGAUGAGAAAAAUGGGGCUGUCCAACCUUUUUGACAAUGAGAUGAAGGAAGCUCUUGAAACAGUUGCAUCCACCAAAAAUGGCAUUUUCGACAUGGAAAAUCAUGUCUAUGCUAGGGCACUUCGAUUCAGACUCCUUCGACAGCAUGGUUAUGUGGUUUCACAAGAUGAAAUGAGAAGCUUCAAAGAAGAAAGCAAAACAUUCAACAGAAGCAAUUGCGAAGAUGUUGAAGCUAUGAUGCAGCUUCUUGAGGCUUCACAUCUGGCUGUGGAAGGUGAAAACAUUUUGGACGAAGGGAAAGCCUUCUCAACUGGGAUUCUUCGCGAGAGAGUCUCCAGUUUGGACGGUCGGCUCCUCAAAUGCGCCGUUCAUGCUUUGGAGCUUCCGAUGCACCGGAGGCUCCAGUGGUUUGACGUCAAAUGGCAAAUCGACUUGUACGAGCAACAAGAGGACAAGCAAAGUAAUCUGCUGGAGCUUGCCAAGCUCAAUUUCAACACGGUCCAAGCCACACACCGGAGAGAUCUUAUAGAGAUAUCCAGGUGGUGGAGGGAUCUGGGACUUAUCGAACAUGUGGACUUCACAAGGGAUCGUCCGGUCGAGAGUUUCUUGUGCGCCCUCGGACUCUCUCAGGAGCCACGGUUCAGCUCACUCCGAAAAUCUCUCACAAAAGUCAUCAUCUUUAUACUAGUGAUUGACGAUGUCUACGACCUUUAUGGUUCGUUGGAGGAAUUAGAAUGCUUCACCAGCGUGGUUACCAGAUGGGACUCGGAGCCGAUUCAACAGCUUCCCGAGUGCAUGAAGUUUUGUUUCCGAGCACUUCAUGACCUUACAUACGAAAUCGCUCACGAAAUUGGCAAGGAGGAAGAUUGGCAUCGAGUGCUACCACAUCUCAUGAAAGCUUGGGCAGACUUUUGCAAAGCACUACUUACUGAAGCAAAGUGGGACCAUUUGGGCUACACACCCUCUUUGGAAGAGUACUUGAGCAAUGCUUGGACAUCCUCUUCAGGACCCCUGCUCUUGUCCCAUGCUUAUUUCUUUGUGGGACAUAUGAAAUUGGAGGAUGCAGCAGAGUUGGUGGAGAGCAAGAAGGAUCUGAUAUACAAUGCGUCCAUGAUAAUCCGACUCUGCAACGACCUAAGAACGUCCAAGGCCGAAAUAGAAAGAGGAGAUGCUCCAUCAUCAAUGGUGUGUUACAUGCGAGAAGCAAAUGUAUCAGAAGACAUUGCUCGGAAGCAUAUCAAGGGAUUGAUAGACCAAGCAUGGAAAAACAUUAAUGCUCAUUGCUUUGUCAAUGCUGAGACACCAUUUCUCCGACCCUACAUCGAUGUCACUGUGAACGCUGCUCGUGCUGCAUACAUGAUCUACCAGUCCGGAGAUGGGUUCGGCGUCCAGGACGGCACGAUUGGGCAGCAAAUGCUAUCUGCUGUGAUCGAGCCUCUUGCUCUUGAUUAA